ACCGGUCCUCCUGUAGGUGGCGAUAGAGAUUCUACCAGAAUCACACGAAUGACGUUGUUCCGGUUUUAGUUUUGCUUGAAUGGCGCAGCGGGGAGAAUAACAUCCAGCAUGUCGAAAAGGAAAGUGACCUUUGAGGAUGGAGAUGGAGAGAUUACUUUGGAAGAAGUUGUUCCAAAGAAAAAGAUUGUUGAUGUUGUAAGUGGCCCAGGAUCCAGAUUUAAGGAGAAACACUCAUUGGACAGUGAUGAGGAAGAUGAAGGAGGGGAUGGAGAAAAUAUCAGCAAAUAUGACAUCCUUGCCAAUGAUGACGUGGAAGGCCAGGAAAUGGCAACCAUUGACUAUGAUGAGGGGGUACGCAUCACCCCUUUUAACCUCGAUGAGGAAAUGCAGGAGGGUUACUUUGAUUCAGAGGGAAACUAUUUUGUCAACAAAGAGGAAGAUAUCAGGGACAACUGGCUGGACAAUAUUGACUGGGUUAAGAUAAAAGAGCAACCUGUAAAAAAAAAGAAGAAAGGCCUUGCAGCAAAGCGUAAGAGAAGGGUUGGUGAUGAAGAUGAAGCAGAGGAGGAGAUAAAACGAGAGGAACAGCAGAAAGACAGUGAGGAAGAGGAUAUAGAGGAGGAGAAAGUGCCAGCAGAAGACCCUCUGGCUACAUACAGCCAUUAUCAACUCACAGAAGCCAUCAUUCAGCUGCUGCUUCCUGGAGAAACAGUGGCUGCUGCUCUGAGAAGACUUGGCGGUCUUGGAGGACAGAAGAAGAAAGGGAAGCUGAGAGGAGGAGAGGAGGAAAAGACUUUGAACAGAGACGCUGAUAAACUAGACAAACUGACAGCGUUGGCAGAUAGACUUGUGGGGAUUGGAGAUUUUGAAAUUUAUCAGCAGACGUAUGAAAAACUGGCCUACAAGCUGAAGGGGUUGACUCAAGGAAAGGCAGCCAAAACGCUUGAGGAUAAAAAAGAGGAAGAAGAAGAGCUAGACAUGUUCGCUGAUGAGUUUGACGAUAGGCAUGGUGCAGAAAAAGACGAGGAUAAAGACAACAGCAUAGUGAGUGAUGAGGUCAUGUGGGAGUACAAAUGGGACAAUGAGGAAAACUCUGAGCUCUAUGGGCCCUUCAGCAGCCAACAGAUGCAGGACUGGGUGGAUGAGGGCUACUUCAAGGAUGGAGUAUACUGCAGAAGGAUUGACCAAGGAGGCGCCCCAUUCUACAACUCAAAGAGAAUAGACUUUGAACUUUACACAUGAUCUGUCCAUGAGCCAUGUUACUGAUUUUAUUUGAUUUCUUCUGCCCUUCUGAGAGGGCUUCUCUGAAAAAUAGUUUACUCUUCAGUAAUUGUGUUUUUCUUAUGUACACACAUACACUAGUAUGUGCACCUGUGUUUGAUACAUGAUGUGUUUUAAAAUAAAGUCUUUUCUGGCUGGA